UUUACCCUUGUUUUGGUUCUCUAGCUGGUUAUUAAAUCACAUUUAGACUGUUAUAUUUUAGUCAUUGUUCAAGUGAAGACAGCCCCAAGGCUGAUUUGCAGGCCAUUGAAGGAGUCUGUAGCCGGUUGGAGUUAACAGAGCAAAGCGAAGCGUCUAGACUGUAGGUUUACCGUUCGCGUUUAGACUACUUGGAUUUCUUUACUGUACCAGUCGUGUAUACGAUACGACCAGCCGUAUACGACGUCUUUGUUUGGGAAACAUUCGACAGAGAACAAGUUUGCACGGCAUACAUGUAGUCUAGUCUAUACGAGGCAGACAUGCUUUCCCUGGGCUGAGGAUUCUAGAUGAUUGUGGUUGCGUUGAAGAAGAGGCCCACUAUGCAUGAGAAUGAAGGAGGUGGGAAUUGGGCUGUGGUCAUUGCGGCGUUCUUCGUCCAGUUCAUCGUCUGCGGCAUCACAUACAGCAUGGGCAUAUUCCAUGUGGCGCUACGCCAGGUGUUCUGCGAGAGUCACUUUGACACGUCCUGGGCCGUGUCAUGGCUCCUCUACACCAUGGCUCUCUCAGGUGUGGUGUUUCGCUUUGUGGCGUCAAAGCUGGGAUGUCGGUUCAGCAUUAUGCUAGGAGGGGUGCUGGCUGCCACUGGACUCGCCCUGACCAUGCUCGUCAAACAACUCUAUCACAUGUACUUCACUUUUGGUGGCCUCACUGGAUUAGGAUUUGGCUUGGCUCUUACUCCGUCCAUUGUGGCAGUUGAACGUAGUUUCCAUCAUGGCCGCUUCCAGGCGCUCAGCUGUGUGAUGGGCGGCAUAGGAGCUGGAAUUGUAGCAUUCCCCAUCGCCAUUCGCUACCUCCUGGAUUACUUUGCCUGGCGCGGGACCUUUCUGAUUUUAGGCGGAGUAGCUUUAAACCUGUGUGUCUGCGGAGCCAUCAUGGCACCACAGCCCAGAUCCAAAGAAGUGAAGCUGUUGCCAGUAUUUUCUUGCCUCCCUUUGAAGAACACCUUGUUUCACGCCAUGUGCUUCAGCCAUUUGUUUUGGAGUUUCGGCACCACUGUGAUAUACAUGUACUUACCCUCCUACGCCAUGUCAGAGGGAACAGACUUUCAAACGACCACUUUCCUGAUUGCUUGCAUUGGACUGGCGUCUUUCACUUGCCGAAUGAUAUUCGCCUUCAUGGGCAGUAACUCCGCCAUGGACAACGUAACAGAGGUCUUAUGCUCUGUGGGUAUUGGCAUGGUGAUCACUGGAAUAUGCCCGUUGCUGUUCCAGAGAUAUUCUGGCCAAGUGGGCUACACGAUAUUGUUUGGCUUCUACAGUGGAUUUUGGACAACUUUUCUGUCGCAGGUCAGCCGCGAGCUGAUAGGACCACAGUAUAUCGCCUUGGGAACAGGCUACCUCUGCUUUAUGAUUGGGCUGGGAUGUUUGAUCGGGGGACCUGCAGCUGGUCUAUUGCUUCAAGAAGAAUAUAGGUUCAAAUAUGUGUUUUACCUGGCAGGAGCAUGUCUGUUGAUGAGCUCCAGCAUAAUGACCUUGUUCAAGGUGAAACUGUGUGGCAGUGAAUCAGACUACCAGAGAGUGAAUAAGGCUGAAAAAUCAGAACCACUGUUGCCUGAGGACUGUUAUAGGAAGUCCACCAGCACCAUCAGUUCAAAAGACCAGCUUUUCCCGGGCAACGGAGAUGUCAUUGUGGAAGCUGUUGUUACGAGUGUGUAAAGACUGUUCGAGUGCCAAAUCUUGGUGAUCUUGGGUUAAACUUUGGUUAAACUCAAACAGUGCUGGGCAUGACUUGCGGUGAAAUUCAGACUUCACUUUGCUGAGGCUGUUCUGAGACUCUACAGUAUCCAAAGCUUAGGUGACAGACAGCUUCAUCAGAUGGGAGAUGUCCGUACAAGACUGACUUGUAGCUGGUUUGGUUUAAUAUAAAUCUGCUCAUGUUUGUUUUCGGUCAGAAAGCAAGACAUCCCUUGUUAGGGGGAAGACUUUUUGCAGAGGAAGCCACUUUUGGUUUCACAUGCCUAUAUGGUUACAAUAUCUUAUAUACCUAGAUGUCUUUGUGAUAUUUUAGAACCAUGUCGCCUCAGCAUGUUUCUGUUUUUUUCUGAAGCAAAGUCUUUGGAACAUUAAAUUGUUAAAACAUAAUUGUUGCGCAGGCAACAACAAUACAAAGGGAACAGCUUGCAAUGCAUCUUCCAUGUUAUGUACAGUGUUUUUGUUUGACUGCUGGUGUUACCUUAUAAUACACAAGUGGGGAAAUGAAAUGUUUUUUGUGACAUGCGUACAUGUACAAGUACCUUAAGCCUAGAUCGAGGUUGAAGAAUUUGGUGAAGGGUGCAAAAUGUAUCUGUGGUAAUAUAUGCACAUGUAUAUGAUGUGAUAUGUAUUUAAAGCGUUCUCAGAUACCAGAUGUAGUAUGCUUAUCAAAAUUGAUAUGGUAUUCAACAGCUUGGGUGUUUGUAACCUACGACAAUAUGUACAUGUGCUUGCACUUUGGCUAUAGUAGUACCAUUUGUUGAUUGUUAUUCUGAAUGUUGAUGAAUCCUGUUUUUCAUAAAAUGCUUGAACAAUGUAAUUGAGAUGUGUGGUUUGAAGUCUUCAUGGAGGAGAGUUUAACGAUUAUGCCAUUAUUUUAAAUCUUCAUUCAACACCUUCAUGUAUCAAGACAAUUCACCCAGUCAGUUACAUGUAUGUGUAGCUGAACAAUCUUUUGGACAGCCCGCCAGCGAUUAUCUGUAACACAAUCUGCUAACAGCGAUUAGCCUACCAGCCAUGGAAGCUAGUCUGUAGACUGCAUAUACUUGCAACAAAUCCUCAAUCUAGCCAGGUAGCCAACCAGUCCCUUAUCUUGCUGACAUAGGGCCAGCAACGAAAGCGAACAGACAGACAGUUAUUCAAACAAUCCCUUUUGAGUGCCGGCAAGGUAUUAAGCCAGCCAUCAACUAUAGCAGCGAACAAAGUUGCACAGUUUGUUAGCCUGGUGGCCAGAUAGAUUAGAUAAAGUCAACCAGACAGACGUCCAGUCUUCAAAACGAUCCCUUGGCCGGUCAACCAACAAUAUAGGCAACCUCUAAGUCCGUCUGGCAAGACUGACGGCCAUCCAACCAAGUAACCAAUCCUUUUGCCUGUAAGCGAGGCUGUCCCUAGAUCCUACUGUCCUUCAACCAACAUGUAACUAACCCUUUAGCCUGUUAGCAUGACAUUCAGUCACACAGUUGUUAACGCUAUCCCUAAACCAACCAAUCAACCAUGUAACCAAUCUUUUAGGCUGUGCCUGCCAUGAUUAAAUGGAGCUUACAGUUAAAAUGGAGAUGCGUGUGCAUGAAAAUGGUACUAUACAUAGAUGACCUACAUUUGUAUGCGUUUGUUUUCAAAACGUACUUUGGCAACCAGGCUCUUUCUUAUACGAUCAUCUUCCCCCUGAACUAAAGAGUUUAUCCUGUCAAGGGUAUAUUUUUGGACAACAUCCAGAAGUAUUAUGGGUUUUCUACCGUACGGCCUACGACCGAUGCAAGAAGGGGACCCUAUUUUGCUGCAUUAAAUUGUCGAUAUGUGAUUGUCUAACCUUCGUCAGUAUUUCCAAUGAACACCAAAUUUUCUACAUAAACUAAUGUGUGAUACUGACUGUUUAAUGUGUAUACAAUAGGGUGGCAUACUUGUGUGGAUUAUCUUCCGCAUUGCAUCUUCGGUAUUAACAGCGUUUCUGGCCGUGCCAUCUGUUGGGCUAGAAACAAUUCCUAACAUAUGCUUAACUAACAUAGGUCAAUUAAGAGGGUGAAUAAGAGCAGAAACCUUCGAGACAUAUUGCGCUAUUUUUCCUAUAUUGGUUUAAUAAUUGUACCACAUUUUCAUAAGAGGAAGAAGUAUCAAGAAAAAAUGUCUCCUUUGUUACUUUACCGUGUUUUUCCCGUGGAUUCCACGAUUGAGCAGAUGACCUCUGAACCGGUAUCUUUGGCAUGCAUCUUUACAUUGUACGAUAUCUAGAACUAGGCAAAUCAAUGAAGAAUUUUGAGCAUUUACAUCAUUGAUUCGUGGAGAAGCACCAGAAGGUGCAAUGUCGUACUGAUUUCAUAGAGGAUUCCACUCCCUACAAAGAUAGUCCGUUGUCCGUUGUGGUAAUGUCUUCGCCAGUAGUGUUCCAAACGUGAUACUUACUUAUAUGUAUUUCAAUCUACGUGUAAUUUUCGGUACAUUUAUAGCAGAAAGCUGUGAGUCAAAAUCAGCCCACCCCAUUGCACAUGUUUAGUAGACAGUAUUUAAGGUCACGAUCUGGACAUCUGAUAAUAAAGGAGGCCAUGCAAUAUCGUAGGACACCAUCCCACCUAUAACUACAAUCCAAAAAUUUGCUUGGUGGUGGUUGUAUUUCGUAGUUCUAAUGACUUUUAAAUUGUGGGAUUUAGCUUAUAUGAUCUCUGGACGUUGGAUUCUUGGAGUUUUUUGUUUUUAUCACAUAUGUACUUGCAUUUUUCUCAGUGCAAUAUACUCAGGAUGGCACAUGUGCUAAUUGGUCAGUAAUCAGAGAUGAUUAAAUUAUAUCCUGAUCAUGUUUUUUUUUUCUUGUUUUCACCCUUUGCCAAACCCACUGGCCAGCCAUAACAUAUUUUCGACAUACAUGCAUAUUUAAUGAGCAAGAAACUAUAAACUUGUGUACUGUACAUGUACGUGUGAGAAAAUAUUUGAUGUUUACUUCGAUCCAAAGCUAACGACUGGGGCAAUAAUAUCGCUAUUGCUCUAAAAGCACAGAAGCAGUUGAUGGCCUGAGUAUCUAUAGACCCUAGCAUCGCUGGGAACAAAUAUGUAUUUGUACAAGGGUACGCAAAUGUGUUGCAGUGCGAAUCGACAGGUGGCUGUAAUGAUUACCUCCCUUUGUGGAUGCCUAAUAAAAUUGUUGUACACAGUUCCCACCAUGGUGUGUUCAUGUUAGGAUUGUGAAAAGGAUUGAAUUGUUAACGGUAUUAAUUGAUAUGCCAGGGUAUGUGUAGAAUAGUGUUAACUGAUAAAUACAUAGCUAUAGCUUAACGCCACAUCGGCAGUAACGUGGCCAGAAUACAGAGGUCGAUACCUGUCGACUGCUUCUGUACAUAUUUGUUUGUAUGACUUUAUGCAGCCGUGUUACUGCCUUUAAUAUGACUUGAGGUAUACUUUACGUCGGAUAGACGUGUGAAUUGAGUUUAAAGAUGAUGUGCUUCGGAAAUGGUUGAAGCUCACAGAAUGUGCUUUAGUGAUAGUUUGUGCUUGCAUGCAUGGGAUGCUUUGAUCGCAUAUUAUGCUUAAAUAUUGCUUCGGCUUUUACUCUGGACGUGCGCAUUGUAAGAUUGCCUGCUGUAGCUUGUGGAUCGGAGGGAUUGGACAUGAUUAGUCUUGAUAUGGCUACAAACAUCUACCGAAAGUAAGUGUGAAACCUACGACUUAGCUAUGUUCAUGGUAAGAAGACAUUAUCUGCUGUGCACAUAUUGUCAUUUUGGCAGGUCUGGGCCCAGUUUCACAGAUCGGUGUACCACAUGUUUUAUGGUAUAUUUGUCGUAUGAUUUUUGGGGCAUGACAAUUACCCUCCCAUUAUCAAAUAUAGUGGAUUGUCGUACAUGUACAACAUCUUUGCGAAACUGGACAGCUCGAUUGCACGAUUGUUAUUGAUUGACUGUAUAUUAGUUGGAUUGCAACGCGGUGUGUGUACAUUAUACAUGCAUGUCUUUGUUGCGGAGAGAAAAAUGUGUAAUUAUAAGGUUCUUACCUUAAAUCCUCAGCAAUUGUGACCACGGACUUAGUUGUUGUGUUGUCAUGUUAAGAAAAAUGAUUGUUGUAUGGUUAAGUGCAUUUGUGCCCCUAACCUAUCAAGUCUUCAAAAUGUUAUGAGUUAUGUUUUUAAAUUGUGUAUGAAAUUGUACUUUUCUGGUCGAAUUUGUUGAAGACUUAGGGUAGUAGAGAUGUGAAAAUCAACCUUUUGAUUGAGCUCGUCUUGUCCAAAUGUUGCAUGUUAUGCGGUGACGCACAAAGACAAAAACGGAAUCUCAUGUUCAUAGAUGUGAAGGAUCAAACUGAACUGUGAUAUAUACAUGGAUAUACUCGUGUACCACGAUAAUAUGCGAUAAGUCCGUUAAAGAAAGUACAAAUUUCCUACAAAUUUCUGUUAAUAAUGUAACAGCAGCUUAUUGAACAACCACAAAGUCAGGGAAAUCUGAUCUGGUAGCUUGUCGUUAAUUAUUGGUAGAUCUGAAGUUACUUAUGUACUCCUGGCCCGUCCAUUGUUGGCCAAAUGUAAUUCACGCUCCCGCAUUUCGGAAAGUUGACUAGUCAAUUUUCAUUGGGACAUGUAUACUAAGGUAUAAUAUCUUAACCAUGCAACCAAAUAAGGGAUAUCGGACGAGCUGGGUGUAAGUGUUUCUUCAGAACUGGUUAACAUAAAGCUCAAGAUCGGACUGACUGGAGAUGGAUUUUGUUGGAUUUUGUUUUUUACGGAAAACAAACUCACCAAGCGUUAAGAGCUAUGUGUAGAAAUAUUAAUAAGGUUCGGACAAGAGUUAUCGUGACAUGAUGUAAUAUUAUACAAUGCAUCCCAUCUCAUGUGUCUGUUAAUUUUUGACUGUUGUGUACCCCUAUACAUUUUUGUCGUUUUCUUCACAUAGAACUGGUCUACUGUCGAUUAAGGCGCUCUAUGCAGAGACAGUUAUCUUCACGAAGCCUUUGCCCAUCCGUCUAUCGCCACGCAGUAUGUAUUUGAUAGCGCAGUCAUGUUUUUACAGUGCUUUCCACAUCUAUAUUCGUUUUUGACUGAAUGUGACAGGUUUCCAUAUUUACUUAAAGCCUUUCGUUUUAACCUGUGUUUAAGGUAAGAAAUGGGUAUUAGUAAGGUAGAGAAUACGUGAAUAAUUGUGUAUAAUUCAAAUACAUUUCUUAUUAAUGUUCUCUAAAAUGUUAUUUAAUACGUUAUAAUAGCGUUGUUGAUGUGAACAUGCAUGCAUGUAGCCUGUUUUACAUCACGCAUGCUUGAUGAAGAGGGUACGAUAGAGAUCAGGUAAAUUGUCAGGCCGAGAUUGAGACUUGCAUGCAAUGUAGGGAAGUGUAAACAUAGCCAGUACAGCUGCUUGGAAAGGGCGGGGUGGGGGGACUGUUAAACAAAUGCAAAUACUUGACAACAUUGGGUUAAUGCAUUGUUUAGAAAAGAAACAAGCAAUGAUGAUGGCGGCACUGAAACCAGAAAAAAACGAUUGGGAUAUAUCCUGCGAGCAAUAUGGCGUAAGAAAAGGGUCUAGGGUAGGUCAAAGCUAUGUGAUUAGCAUCCAAUCCAGUGUAGGGAUACCAGUAUAUAAAUUUCUAUACUUGAUACAUGAUUAAUAUCAAUGGGCAAGGAUCGUGGAGAGCAAAGCCAUGCAAAGAGAGUACAUGUUGGAGCUCUUGUACAGUAGCAAGGGGUAUUGAUAGAUCUUUCCCUUCGCCUGCACACCAGGAAGAUGGAAGCACAGCUUAUGUGACAAGCAUGCAAGAUUGCUUAUAUUACACUGUAUCUCCAUACGGUAUGUGUAAUAGAGACCGGUAGUCAGAUUUGGAUACAUGCUGGAGCUGUUAUCAAGUCUCUGAUGUUGCUUUACCCUUGUGUUUACUACAUGUACGGUGUAGGUGUUGAAGAAUAAAAUGAGCUACCUGCUGCCUGCGUUUUACUACCUGUGGGAGUCGUCACAGAAGGAUGGAAAGCCAAAUGCUGAUCUACGUCGCCUAUAAAACACUAUGAAUUGUAACUAACGUGAUACGCACGUAUGUAUUUUUUUGUGUACAUAAUAUAUCCGCAAUCAUCAAUGCAAUGUUUGAUCAAUAUCCAUAAAUGACCCGUAUAUAUAUACUUGUAUAUAUAAUAUUAGAGCGUUUGGUAUUGACAGUGUAGAUGGAAAUUGAUGUUAACAUAAAUAAAGAUUUCAUCGAUUCACGA